AUGGCCUUCACCGACCUGCUGGACACCCUGGGCGGGGUGGGCCGCUUCCAGCUCAUCUACACGGCCCUGCUGCUGCUGCCCUGUGGCCUGCUGGCCUGCCACAACUUCCUCCAGAACUUCACGGCUGCUGCGGUCCCCCAUCACUGCCAGCUUCCCGCCAACCACACAGAGGCCACCACCAACGACUCGGGGGCCUGGCUGAGGGCCACCAUACCCCUUGACCAGCAUGGGGUCCCUGAGCCAUGCCAGCGCUUCACAGAGCCUCAGUGGGCCCUUCUGAGCCCCAACACUUCGGUCUAUGGGGUGGCCACCGAGGACUGCAAGGACGGCUGGGUCUAUGACCGCAGCGUUUUCCCGUCCACCAUCGUGAUGGAGUGGGAUCUGGUGUGUGAGGCCCGCACCCUCCGUGACCUGGCUCAGUCCAUCUACAUGGCCGGGGUGCUGCUGGGGGCCGCCGUGUUUGGCAGCCUGGCAGACAGGCUGGGCCGCAAGGUCCCCCUGGUCUGGUCAUACCUGCAGCUGGCAGUGUCAGGGGCCGCCACGGCGUACAUCGACUCCUUCAGCGCCUACUGCGUCUUCCGGUUCCUGAUGGGCAUGACCUUCUCUGGCAUCAUCCUCAAUUCGCUCUCGCUGGUUGUGGAGUGGAUGCCCACCCGGGGCCGGACUGUGGCGGGCAUCUUGCUGGGCUUCUCCUUCACCGUGGGUCAGCUCAUCCUGGCUGGCGUGGCCUACCUGAUCCGCCCCUGGCGGUGGCUACAGUUUGCGGUCUCAGCUCCCUUCCUGAUCUUCCUCCUGUAUUCUUGGUGGCUGCCAGAGUCAUCUCGAUGGCUCCUCCUUCACGGCAAGUCCCAACAAGCCCUGCGGAACCUGCAGAAGGUGGCCGCCAUGAAUGGGAGAAGGGCCGAAGGGGAAAGGCUGACCAAAGAGGUGGUGAGCUCCUACAUCCAGAGCGAGUUUGCAAGCGUCCGCACCUCCAACUCUAUCCUGGAUCUCUUCCGAACUCCGGCCAUCCGCAAGGUCACAUGCUGUCUCAUGGUGGUCUGGUUCUCCAACUCUGUGGCUUACUACGGCCUGGCAAUGGACUUGCAGAAGUUCGGGCUCAGCAUCUACCUGGUACAGGCUCUGUUUGGUAUCAUCGACAUCCCAGCCAUGCUGGUGGCCACCACCACCAUGAUUUAUGUGGGCCGCCGGGCCACAGUGGCCUCCUUCCUCAUCCUGGCUGGGCUCAUGGUCAUUGCCAACAUGUUUGUGCCUGAAGACAUGCAGACCCUGCGCACCGCCCAGGCAGCUCUGGGCAAGGGCUGCCUGGCCAGCUCCUUCAUCUGCGUGUACCUGUUCACGGGAGAGCUGUACCCCACCGAGAUCAGGCAGAUGGGGAUGGGCUUCACCUCGGUCAACGCCCGCCUCGGGGGCUUGGCUGCGCCCCUGGUCACCACGCUCGGGGAGAUCAGCCCGGUCCUGCCGCCCUUGGGUUUUGGCGCCACCUCGAUUCUAGCAGGCCUGGUUGUCCUCUGCUUCCUGACCGAGACCCGCAACGUGCCCCUGGUGGAGACCAUCGCUGCGAUGGAGAGGAGAAUGAAAGAAGCCCCUUCCAAGAAGGAGGCAGAAGAGAAAAGCGAGGAAAUCGCCCUUCAGCAGCUGGGAACUUCUCCUCUCAAAGAAACCAUCUAGGCUGCCCGGAGCCUGGCGUGGGCUGGCAACAGCUCACCCCUGUCCAGACCCGCCCUGGGGCUUCUCUUGGGGGCACCAGGGGUUGUGGUGCCGACUCCAGGCAAGGUCUACCAGAGGUCAGCAUGGCCCUGGCACACAGCCACCCAGUAAUUGGCUUUACAUAUAUACAGGGACUCCACUUCCCAAGGACCAAAAGAGAGAUUGUUCUCUGUAGCAAUAAAAGACCUAUUUUCCUUUGCCAUUCCCAAA